UGGAUGUGUUAUAAGACGAGGUAUAUCUUCCAUCGCGAACGAGUCGUCGGAAUCAGACGAGCGAACCGCGUGACCCAAGGCUGAUCAAGGAUGCCUGCGAGCCUGCCGAUCGCCUCAUCGUUAGUACUGUUGGUGUUGGUGUCGAUCCUGUCGCUGACACACGGAAAGCACGUUGGAGAGUCAUGCGUGGUCGACAACUCCUCGGGUGUGUGCAAGCUUCUACAAGAUUGCCCGAAAGUUUAUGACGAAUUGCUGGCCGGCAAAACGCCUAGUGAGUCCUGCGGAUUUUUAGGCUUCGACCCGAUAGUAUGUUGUCCAACAACAAACGGUGUAGGCAUCCGGCCGACGCCGACGCCGACGCCGACGCCGAGGCCGGCGCCACCAUCACAGAGUCCCACGCGAACAAAUAAUACAUUGAAAUUGGAUGGAUCAAGGGGAGCUGUAGCGCGAGCAAAAUGCGCGGAAAACGCAGAGGCUGUCUAUGGUUUCACGGUACCACCUACUCCGACAUUAAACCGGAAGCCCAUCAAUACGUCGCUAUGUGCCCUGACAACGCGCAAACUGAUCGUCGGCGGCAAGAAAGCCGAGGCGAAAGAAUUUCCGCACAUGGCGGCCGUCGGUUUUGAUCGUCCCGAUGUUGAGACCUUGUGGCUUUGCGGCGGUAGCUUAAUUUCCUCCAAGAUCGUCCUGACAGCGGCCCACUGCACUUGGACAGCGGACUGGGGAAACGCGAGGUGGGUACGACUCGGCGAUCUGAAUCUCGCGCAGACGAACGACACCGCGAUGCCGCAGACUAUCGGAAUCCAGGAAAGGAUAAGGCAUCCUGACUACAAACGGCCAUCGCAAUAUCAUGACAUAGCUAUACUCCGCCUGGAGAAAGAAGCUACCUACAACGCGUUUGUUAGACCGGCGUGUCUUCCGGUUGAUUGGCCUGACGAGGGUCAAAAUGACAAGGCAGUCGCCACCGGAUGGGGCCUAGUCGACUGGUCUGAUGACAGGGGCUCGGAAAAUCUAUUGAAGGUGACACUCAAUUUGGUCCCUCAUCAAUCUUGCAACGCGAGUUUCUUCGACGGCGGCACUUCCACAGAGCUCGUACAAGGGAUUGUCAAUGAAUGGCAAAUAUGCGCGGGAGAAGUCGGGAAAGAUACUUGCCAAGGUGACAGUGGAGGACCACUUGCCGUCUUUAACACGGUCCAUGAUUGCAUGUACACCAUAAUCGGGGUCACCAGUCUUGGACGACUUUGCGGUAGUAUCAUACCUGGCGUGUACACCCGAGUCUACUAUUACAUCCCCUGGAUAGAGAGAACCGCGUGGCCGGAAUACUUUUAACAUAUCGUUAUACUCAUUUAAUUUAAAUGUAUCCAUUUUAAGUAUCAAAUACAUUCCCUUUUUUAUACGA